CAGCAACAAGUGCAUCGUGAUCGCCAUGUGGUCGGUCUUCACCGGGAGGACUGCUGCGGCGGUGUGCUCAGAGUUUUGCGCCGAAACGCCGGGCUUAUAACCUGGUGUCACGCAAGGAUAAGGCUUCAGACGUCGUCACCUUCGAGGACCGCGGAGACAGCAGGACAAUCGAUCGAGGUUCCCCUUUUUAUCGGAGAUGAAGCCACUGCUCUGGAGCACUACACGGACUCGGGCUAAACGAAAUCUCGGAACCGGCCCGCGGAUCCGGAUCGAGAACGGGCCUCAGUCGCGCCCGUAAUAGGCUCAGGCGACGAGCUCUUGCCGAGCGGUGCGUGAAAGAUGCUUCCCCUGGAUGCGUCGACGGGCAACCUGCUAUGGAUCCUGGUGGUGGGCUUCAUCGUUGCCUUCUUCCUGGCGUUCGGUGUGGGCGCCAACGAUGUUGCCAACUCGUUCGGCACCUCGGUGGGCGCCAAAGUGCUCACGCUGCGACAGGCCUGCAUCCUGGCCACCAUCUUCGAGAUCCUCGGCGCCGUCCUCAUAGGUUACAAGGUAUCUGACACGGUUCGCAAGGGCAUACUCGACGUAUCCAUGUACGAAGGGGCCCCGAAGGAUCUCAUGCUUGGCAACCUGGCUGCCCUAGGCGGAAGCGCCAUUUGGAACAUCCUGGCGACGGCGUUCAGCCUUCCCAUCUCGGGCACGCACAGCAUCGUGGGCGCCGUGGUGGGCUUCUCGCUGGUGGCGCGAGGUCUGCGCGGCAUCCGCUGGUGGGAGCUGGGCAAGAUCGUCCUCUCCUGGUUCAUCUCGCCCGUCCUGUCGGGCAUCGUCUCUGCCGUCCUCUACAUGCUCAUCCAGUUCCUCAUCCUCAGGAAGGAGAAGCCACUGGAGCCUGGUCUGAGGUCACUGCCAUUCUUCUACGGGUUCACUCUCUUCAUCAACAUCUUCUCUGUUGUGCAUGAUGGACCGCAGCUGCUCAGGUUCAACCUUAUUCCUUGGUGGGGUGCCAUGAUCGUCGCUCUCUCCAUUGCUCUGAUCUCAGUAAUUGUCGUCUGGUUCUUCAUCGUUCCUCGUCUUAGGGCCACCAUUGAGAGGGACCUCUCCAAUGACACUGAUAACGACCGAAUAACCAUGACCGAAUUGGCCCAGGCCGCCAAGGAUUUGCCCAAGACCUUGACUUAUUCAUUUACCCCAACUGACCCUGUGAGUGAUGAUGGGAUAGACACUGACGGUAGCAAAAAGUUGAGUGAAGCCGGCAUAAUGAAUGGUGGUCGUAGGUCCAGCAUUGAAGUCAUUUCGGGCAAACUCCAGCACAAUGAUCUUCCAAGCCUGCACCCAAACCCGCACUCUCAUCACCCUACACACAAGAGGCUUUCGCUGGUCAUGAUUGAGGAAGCAGCCCUGAUGGCACAGUGUUUGGACGAUCUGCCAAACGAGUGCCCACAGCACUGUGCCGAAAUGCAGGGAAGAGAUAAGACAAAGCAGAAAGCGCAUGGAAAGCAGCGUGAUAAGCCACUGCAGUUUUUACAGUCAGUGUGUGCCAGAGCACUGCGGUCCACCAGGGCUGUGCCCCCUUGUAAAGAAAACCAUGAUGACGACAAGCCAGAAACAGCGAAGCUCUUCUCGUUUCUUCAAAUUCUCACAGCAGUGUUUGGAUCCUUUGCACAUGGUGGCAACGAUGUUAGCAAUGCCAUUGGGCCUCUGGUUGCACUCUGGAUGAUCUACUUCGAUGGCAAUGUGUACCAGAACUCUGAGACACCCGUAUACAUCCUUCUGUAUGGGGGAGUAGGAAUCAGCCUUGGACUGUGGAUCUGGGGUCGACGUGUUAUACAAACUUUGGGUGAAGACCUCACCAAAGUGACACCUUCCAAUGGCUUCACCAUUGAGAUUGGUGCAGCCUCAACAGUGCUGCUGGCCUCCAAGGUGGGCAUUCCGAUAAGCACCACACACUGCAAAGUGGGCUCCAUCGUGUUUGUGGGCUGGGUAAGGUCGCGCAAGGGCGUUGACUGGGGUCUCUUCCGGAACAUCAUCAUGGCCUGGCUGCUGACGCUGCCCGUCACCGGAGGCCUGACUGCAGCAAUCACGAGCAUCCUGUAUGCCGCCUGCUCCCUGUGAACAUGGCAGCAUCGUUCAUGGUGCCAUGCCUAAGUCAUGCUAUGUCGCCCCCCAGUCAGACUCGCUGCUUUGCCGUAUUCAGUGCGGUCACAUCCACUACUUCAGCAAUGUGGUCAGUGUUGCCACGGACCUUGCGACAAGCAUGAGGCAGCACGCUUCUGGAGAACCAUAAGCCAUCUUCAGCCAAGUGUGACAUCGUGCCGAUAGUGCUUUGUGUGUGCAAAAAUGGUGGCCCGCCCAGCACACUCGGGAUACUUGAAAGUGCCAGAAGAGGCGGUACAAUGGAACUUUCCCUCUUUUUUUUUUUCUGUUUGAUCCGACCAUGCCAGCUUGGAAGGAAAAACAUACAGUGACAGCCUCGCUGUGAUGACUUUGCUAGCUGAUGUGAACAAAUUUUUAAGCAUGUUGGCAGAUAAGUUGCACGUGGUUGGGUAGGAAUAAUUGAAGAAGCAGCGUUUGCUUCAGGCAAUGUGUGUUAAAGUGCAGUGGAGCAACAUCCCUCCACAGGUUGCUCUGGCAUGGCAGGCAUACCUACAUUGCCGUGGGCAUGAUGAAGACUGCAGCAACGUGCCCCCUUAUGUGGACCUUUUAAUCAAACAGAUGGAGAGAGUGUCACCUUGCGUGCUUAUUUUGCGGAGGAAUCGCUGCGGAACUUUUGCUGUUUGUUCUCAUUUUUGGACAUGCUAGUCUUCGGUGGCGUGUCCUUGAGCUCGGAGACACAAAUUCCAGGCAGUGUUAUCUCUACUAUUGUUGGCUCUUGUUAGUGAAAGCGCUCCCUGUUCAUAUUAUUUAGUGAGCCAGGUCUCUCGCAAUAAUGUUUGCAACUAGUCUGCGCAUUGUGUUUUCGGAGACAUGGAAUAUAGCUAUGCGAGCAUAAUAGUAAUGUGUAGUCAGCUUUAAUUUUACUAUUACACAGAAACAUUUCAGUGAAGUGGCAGUCCAAGGAGCUUAUUUACAUACACUGCUGCAUUGUUGACUGCAUUGUUUUGUGCAGUUGUAACUAAUGUGGAAUCUGUUGUUGAACCUUCUUUGUUCUCGGGAUGUCAUGUUGAGAAUGUGGUUGUGAUGGGAGACUUUACCCUGUAAGAUGAAAGUAGGCUUAAAGGAAGUUAAAGGAUGAUGCUAACAGCAUUGGCAAGAUCUUUCCUUUACGUACUUGUGUCUAAGCUAGUAUGUUUAGCUCUGUGAGCCAACAUUAUGUCUCCCGAAAGCCAUGGAAGAAAUGCGGUUGGUAAAUAUUGGGCAUAUUGUAGUUGCAAGCCCACAGUUUAGAUGUACAAUCAAAGACGCUUGCGGAUACACUCAGUCAACCUAUAUGUAUUUACCUCGUAGACAUUUGUAACAUACCCUAAUAAUAGUGCAUGGAACAUACUAGUGCCAUGUUGUUUUCGUGUGCUAGCCUGUAAUGUAAUGUUCUUACAUGUAAUGCAUACGCUCUUUUUCCACUAGUCUGUCGUGCCAUAUUAAAUGUGAGCCGCUGCUGUCAGUACAAGUCAUACCCUCACGUCGGCCUUGUUUGUUAGUUGAACAUGGCCAGUAAACUGUCAUUUCACUAGCAUCAAAGUAAUUCAUAAGCAUAAUUAUCAACUGUCUGUUGUAUAGGUUUCAGUCACAAAGAGCAUUUUCGUGUGUUAUAUUACCUGAAAUAAUUACUUGAACACAGCAUACGAACUGAGUCAUUUGCUAGGAAGGCACAGUUAAAGCAUAAUCGGCAACGAGAUUUGAGUGCGUAGUCCCUUGCAAAAAUUUUAAUCAACAGUUUCUUUUACAAUAUAUCCCAAUUGUUUCCAUGUAUUGUGGAGCUGUGGAGAAAUAUGUUGUACCGUAGCUGUGCAUGAAAAAUGUGCUUGCACAAGGCUCAACAAAAACUUUCUUCUUUUCCUAACUGUGUAGUCGAGGUAUUGCUGAACUUGCAUGGUGUGCUUUCGAGCAUGCGUACAUUGAAGCACAGAUGUUAAAACUUGCUUUCAAGUUGGAAGGAAGUUGUGAUUACUUUAAGAAUGCUUUACCGCUUUUAAGUGAGUAGUUUCUCUUGUCUGGGGAAGUUGUUCUUCAGGUUGAUCACAAGUUUGCCAUGCACUCAAUUUACUUGGUUUGUUUGCCUCCUGUGCUUUUGACCAAGGGAAAUUUUAAAGAUGGUCAUGCCACAUUUUCUUGAAUCUUUCCAGCUAGGAGGAUGUGUUAUGUUGCUGCUGUCAUAUGGAUGGGGCAGCUGUGUUGUAAUUUAUGUCUCACUCACUGUGAUCAUGGUAAUUAGUGCAUCAUUCCAUUAAAUAGCCAUGUUUGUUUAUUGAUUGCUCUUAAGAAUAGUUCCUUCACGAGAUCUCCAUAAGGUUGUGCUAUGAAACCAGGUACGUAGCUUUGUUGAAUUUUUGCAGAACAGUGCCCAUGAUUGAAAAAGUGACAAGAGCACUUUGUGGAGACGUGUGAAGGACCAAACGGAAAACUAAAUGGUUGGCAAACAAACCUGACGAUUUUAAUGAAGUGAUGCAUUAAUGAUAGUGGUAAAUACAGAGUUAUACACAGGGGAGUUGUGUGUGCAUGCCUUAGAGACUGAGUGACCAAGCAACAAGUGGCAAAUUUAAAUGCUUUGAUGGACAGUGAGAGACAGAUGUGAUGGCAGUCAUUUUACCUAAUCAUGCUGAUUUUAAGCUGCAAGUUGUAUCUGUUUAGAUUAAGUGCGAUUUUAAAUCUGUCUUUAACUUCUAAAUUUGCAGAAAUAAUAGCUUCAAUAAUUUUUCCAGAAAAGUAGAAACUGCAUCUUGAAGUUGUAUGUGAAGUUUCAUUGAUUUUUUUUUUUUGUCCUGUUUAUGUAAUUCAUGAAAGUAGCACUCAACAAACCCUGUGUUCACUUGCAAUCUUUAUGAAACUUUCAGUAUCAGCUGCUGUAGUUGUUAUAACAGGUAUAAAUUAUAGGAUUCAGAUAUAGUGUAAGGGAAUGCAAUGUUGUAAAUUUGGCUACAGACGUAGUAAUUCAUGCGCCAGCUGUCAAUGAAAUUUGUUUUUUUGGAUUUGCCCUGGAUUCGCAGAGAGCAGUGCUCGAGGAAACCAUUCCUGCAUCAAAAUUUUAGGUAGGUUGUAAGGGGGGAAGCUGUAAAGCUUAUUUUAUCAAAUAAAAUAUCUUUCUUUCAGUGAAAAAGAGUGGCAAAAUAUGUUAAUAUAGUGGUUGGAAAAAGCCUCUUAGUGCUAAUAUGCAUGUUUCUGAGCCAUAGCUUCGCACAUAAAUUGUAGUGUUUCAUUACACACCAGAUGUACGACGCUGUAUAUUGGAAACCACUCUCUUGAGACCAACAUCGACUUGACAUUUUUGAGGCCGAAGAGCACUUUUUCAGGAAGAAAAGUUGAUAGUGAUAAUGUGUAGAGUUUAAAAACCCGCAGACACACAUUGUUCAGCCUGCUUUUGGAGCCUACUACCCGAACUUUUGACGCACGCUGGUUGUGUGGUCUUAAUAAUCCGUUUUCAUAAGCAUAGUGUAGCUGGCCUACUGUAUACUCUACCUCAGUGCAACGGCUUAGUCUUGCAGAUUGAAACAGGUUUUAAGAAAUAGGAGCAGACUUUUACUUUCACCAGUCUAGCAACUCUACAUUUUUUUUCAGUAGUUGCCUACGUCUUGUGCGGUUGCAAACAUUAUUGGGCAUGCUGUUGUACAUUGUUUUAGUGAUAUUCUAAUCAAAAACUGUUAUCAUGCUAUGACCGAAAGAUAUUGUGCCAAGUGGGCCCUCAAAUACUUGGGAGCUAUUUCCUCCAAAAUGGGCUACUACUGCAGUCCGAGGUAAUACAUAACUAUAAAAUGGCACAAAGACUUUCUUUGUUUUUAUGUUACUUUGUAAAUGAUGUUACUUUUCUUCAAGGCGAAACACUACAUUGGGGCAUUCUGUUUUAAAUGCCUAGAUAGUAUGUUCACUGUAUGAAUUUCUUGGUCAGAAAGACAUGUCCUCUUGUGUGCUUGAACUUUGUUAAUGGCUCACACUUGGCAUGGGUCGUUUUUUCAGGAUCGCACAGCUUUGAGAGCUAGUUGAUGGAUACAUAUUUUUGCACUGCAUCCCACUUUCCUUGACUGUACCCAUUUCCUUUUCCCACUGCCAUUUUUAGCUAGACAUUAAAUCUUGGUAGCGUGGGACCUGAAAGCAUUGCAUUGCAGUCUCUGCCUUGGAAUCGAUUGGUUCAAUGCCGAAGCAGAAGUGGUAACCGUAGGUGCAGAGGCUAGACAGAAGUGCUAAAUCCAAUAUGUGCUCCAAGCUAGCUAUGUUUCAAGUUGAGCUGUAAUUGAUUUGCUCACUUCCUUUAACACUUGUUUUAUGUUAUCAACAAAGCUCCUUUUUCUUCAGAGUGGUUUACUGAAUUGUGUUGCCACAUUGGUAUCAGUACACAGUUUGAUUGUAUUGUAUGCUUGCAAACAAGACAGUCAUGGUUGCUGUACUAAAAAUCUAAAUAUUUCAAUUUUUUUUAAUGUUAUUGUUUUAGAGCUGCUUAGGUGCAAUCUGACUGAUUGGUUGGUGCAAGCUUAUUGGUGCUGCUUGAAAUUUGCUGGGUAUAACUUGCACAAUAAGUAGAAAUUCACAUGCUAUAAAACUGAUUUUUAUAUAUCUCUUGCCACAUAUUUUUGCACAUGUGCCAAAGUUGUGUGACAACGUUUUGUAAAGGCAUCUGCUUGCUUUUUGAGUGUUAGUCAUUGAGAAGUGUGCCUGCUGUAAACAGUGCUCUUUCUGCAUAUUUGUUGGUAUGAUUUGCGUUUGCUGUGCAAUAUCUUUUCUGCUUUGUCCGUGAAGUAACAUAUGUUAUUUCAUCAUUUUAUUACGUAAGCUUCGCGAUUUUCUUUUCUGUUCUUUUUGUUACUUUUUUUGUCUUGUUUUUUUUGUGAUAUAUUAUACCCUUCUUUGGGCAUUGUGCCAUAUCUACAAGAGACAAGAGGCAUUGAUAUGAUCCAAGGUAGACUUGGUGCAUUUUCCAUAAAAUUUGGCAAGAAAGAGUGAAGGAAUAGUUGGUUGAAAAUAUUCCCAGUGAGUCUGGCUUUCGGAGCCAGCUGUACAAAUAAACGAAUUUUGGAGCAGUUCGAAAAGUAA